ACAUAAUGAUAUGGCGUUAUUUUCGAAUAGUUUAUAAUUAAAAAGUCGCUUAGUUUCGAAUUGUACAUAAUAGUACAACUCUUUAAGAAUGGCGAAAGCCUCUGCCACUUGCUGUGUGGUUUCUUAAAAUUGUAAAAAUUAACUUUUAUGAAGUUGUGUUUUUAUAUGACAAAUAGCUUUUUGCAAAAACUAAUAAAUAUUUCGGAACGAAAUACGGUAUACUUUUUAAGGAUGAUAAAAGCUACAUUUAUAUAAAGUUUCGACUUCGUAUAUUCAAUUUUACAUGAAUAAUUGACAUUUGAAAAAAGUGCGUUUUUGAACGGUUUUUAUUUGCUUACGGCUCAAGGAGCUAACCAAUCUUAACGUUCGAUAUCUCAUUUGAUAGAUAUUUUUAAUAUCUACGACUUUUAUUGUAAACAUUUUGGGGAUCGAUUAUUACGUUUAUUGUUACAUGCAAAAAAUGUGUUUUCAGCAACUUCGAAGAUUUUUUACAGAAUCUGUGCAAGAACGUAUCGGAUCUAUUCCUGAAUAUGAUUUUAACAAAUUUGCGUAAUAAAAUUUCAGAUACGAUUUUUUGCAAAAUUUGGGCCAUUUUGGGGCUAAUUUGACUGAACUAGUAAAGUUUUAACUUGAAGAUAAAAAAUAAGAUAAGAACAUAAAAAGUUAAUGAAGAAAUUGCAUAAAUAUUUGAAUGCGAAUAUAAUAAGAAGUAAUAUAAAAUAAUAAUGUUUUCUCAGGUUAUAUGUUAACAGAUAAUUAAAAUUUAUAUUUGUUUUUAUUAAUCUCAUUGUGGCUUCAUACUACAUAUAUGUAAAAUACGUACAUAGAACAUAUGAUCUGCAUGGACGACCAUACAUACAUAUAUAUUUUUUUCGAACAUGAUAUGUAAACAACAUGAAACGUAAAUUUUUUGAUAAUUAAUCGCACUUUGAAAUGUACACACUUUUACAUGGGUUGUACAAGUAUCUUGUGCAAAAAGAUGAAUAUUUUAUAUUAAUAUUAGGCCUCGAUAAUGCAGGAAAAACGACAUAUUUAGAGGCGGCGAAAACAAAAUUUACAAAGAAUUACAAAGGUAUGAAUCCUUGCAAAAUUACAACAACCGUUGGUUUAAAUAUUGGAAAAAUUGAUAUAGCUGGUGUUCGUUUUAACUUCUGGGAUCUUGGUGGACAAGAGGAACUCCGAUCACUGUGGGAUAAGUAUUAUGCAGAAUCACAUGCUGUCAUUUACAUAGUUGAUUCAUCAGAUCGAGAAAAGAUACCUGAAUCUAAAGAAACUUUUGAUAGAGUUAUAUCGUCAGAACAUUUAAUAGGUGUACCACUUUUAGUCCUAGCUAAUAAGCAGGAUGUGCCUGAUUGUAUGGGUGUUAGAGAAGUAAAACCAAUUUUUAAUCAAAAUGCACACCUAAUAGGUAGAAGAGAUUGUAUGGUGAUGCCUGUUUCUGCUUUAAAUGGGGAUGGCAUAGAUGAAGGAAUUCACUGGCUCGUGGAUUGUGUCAAGAGAAACAAUGACGUUCGGCCCCCUCGUAAUCAGAAUGACAAUUGUCUGUCCUAACAAGACAUUCCUGAUUUGUUUCAUAUAAGUUAAUAUAUGAACAGUAUUUUAAUGUAAAAACUCUGUACAUUUACAUUAGAAACUACAUUUUUACUAAUAAACUUUGUUUUGUAAUCUGUA